AUGCUUCGGAAGCCUAUUGUCGUUUCAAAACCAAAACCUCAGACUUCUCAACGCCUUCAUCUCUGCCGACAAAGGAGUUCCUCAUUAUCACGCUGUUGGGUCGCCUGUUUCCGAUAUAGCGAAGGGAGGCUUAGGUUGAGCUCGACGAUUCUUCCAGUUUGGACUUCCUCUAAGGUGUACUGCGUCAGAGAAUUGAACCCUCCGGGCUUCGCCUUCUGGUGUGGAAACUGCUUUUUCGGAGCCAAAUCAGAGUUGUGUGUGAAAAUGGGGUUUCAGACACGACCCAUGAGUAGAAAUUUCAGCCAAGAUGAAGCAGAAGAUGAUAUUGCUAGCAUUUCGCAUUUGAUUUCGACGCUGAGAUCGGCAUUUCUGACUUCUGAUUUCGACCACGUAGAAGAAAAAUUAAUAGCUAGAGAAACUAAACUAAAGAGGGAGAUUAUUAAGCUGAAGAGUGAGAAUGAAGUGCUGGAGGAAAAACACCAAUUUGAUAGGUUGGAAAAGCUUAACCUUGAGGAAGAGCGAAAUGCAGCAAAUGAGAGAUACAAGAAGCUACUGGAGGAGGUGAUGAGGGGAGUGGGAUCCGAUGAUAAAGUUACAAUGUUGGAGCUCAGGAGGAAGAACGAUGAGUUGGAGAGUGAAAAGAAGAAGCUUGAGGCUUUGCUUCAUAGUAAUUUUGCAAGAUGGGAGAACAACAUUUCAAGGUUAGAGAAGGAUACAGAGGAAUUAAUGAAUGAAAGGCGUAUGGGUUCAAGAAAAAUGAGAGGAAGAAGAGGAAAUGGUGGAAUGAUUGUUGAUGGUAAAAAGGGCAAUUGUAGUGUAACCCGUUUCCCUGUCAUAGAUUUAGAGAAUGUGGUUGAGUUGAAUGAAAAUGGAAGUGUGGCAGCUAGCGCACCAGUCUCUCCUUUGAGUGAUCAUUUGCAUUCUAAAGGCAAUAGUCAUCUGCAAAAUUCAGGUGCUCGCAAAUUUUCAUCCGGAGGCGCUGGUUUUAUUGUCUGUAGUGAUGAUGAUUGUGCACCCAGAGAAAAUUCAGGUUCAUCUGGGGUACAAAAGAAACCAAAGUUUCUCAAAAGAAAAUGUACUUCAUCUCUGAGCAGUGGUGAUAAGGAGAAUGGUGAUGACAAUUUUGAAGAGAUGGAGCAACACUCUAAGUUAAACCUUGAACCCUUUGGUUCUAAGGUGAAUCACUGCUCAGAAGCGGGUGUUACUUCCACUACUAAUGACCCAUCAAGUCGUGAUCCAGUGAACUUAAGACAAGCUGAAGAAGAAAUAGAGCCAGAACAGAAGUUAUUGGAAUUUAUUAGGCCUCUUGCGGAGGCGAGGGUUGAUUGUGAUAGUGGCAGUUCUAGUUCCAGUUCUUCUGACUCUGAGGAUGGCAAUAGACGUCAGUUUUUAUACUCUUAUGCAAUGCAAAAGGUCAAAGAAAGAAAGUAUAAUUUGGUUUUGCACAUAUGCUUCAGGAAUACUUCUCAAGAGAUUCUUGUAUCUGAGGAUCCAUAUGGGAGGCUAAAAAGGAACUGUCAAGGAGAUGUAGGUGUAUGCUGGAGAACUUCUUUGUGA